AUGCGCAAGCAGCGUGACAUCAACCACACCAUGCGCUCGAUCCUUAUUGAUUGGCUCAUUGAGGUGACGGAGGAGUACAAGUUGACUCUACAAACCUUUUUCGUAACAGUGGGCUACGUGGAUCGCUUCCUCUCAGAAAUGGCCGUCCAACGCAGCAAACUGCAGCUCGUCGGCGUGACAUGCAUGCUUCUGGCCUGCAAGUACGAGGAGAUAUAUCCACCCACCAUCGACGACUUUGUAUACAUCACGGACAAGACAUACAGUCGACCCCAGGUCAUGAAGAUGGAGCACGUCAUUCUGAAAGUGCUGCGCUUUGAUAUGGGCUCCUGCACCCCCCUCACCUUUCUAUACUACUUUCUCAACGCCAUUCCACAUCAUGAUGACACCAAGUGGUUGGCACAGUAUUUGUGUGAACUUUCGGCCUACGACGGCCGCCGCUCACUGGGGCAGCGCCCCUCCACCACGGCUGCUGCAGCGAUUGUUAUUGCUCUACAUACCUUUGAGUUGCAUCCUUUGCCACCGGCCUUGGUUUCGGUGAUCCGCCAGGGCCCCGAGGAGCUACAGGCCGCUGUCAACACGUUGCAUGAGAUCUUUUCUGUGUACCCUAACUUGCAGCACGAAGCUAUCAAGGAGAAAUACUCAACAGCCCGCUUCAAUCGCGUAGCCGAGGUGCCGCCCACGCGCCAUGCCCCUAUUCUCUUCACAUGA